AUGUGUAGGACAAAGGGAAAAAUUCCACUGGACCGUAGUCAAGAAUUGAGAAUUGCGGUCUCUAACCUUUUAAAAUGUCAUCCCAUAUGGUGGAAUUGGGCUCAGGGGCUCACGUUUAAGGGAUGCGUCAACAGCAUCUUCCUUGACAUCCUACUUACGAUGGAGGAGGAGGAGGAGGAGGAAGGCAACAGCCAGCUGGCCUUCCUUGAUGUCCCCUAA